AUGGAGUCAUCAUCAUACGAGGUUGCUGCUUUUGCGGACGUUGUCGAAAUGACCAAAGGAAUUCCGGUGAACGCGGAAUGCGUCACCGAUUGGGUUAUGGAGAAGUACAAAAAUGAGCGACAACUGGAAGAGAAAUUGGAAAGGAUGGAGAAGCUGCUGGCAAACAGAGAAUUCAAACUUAAGACACUGACAGAGGAAUAUGAAAACUAUCGUCUGACACAGUCCUCCGAAAACUCCGAUCGCGAGAAAGAAUUGUUGGAAAACAUUAAGAAUCUUCAAGUGCAGAACGACCGAUUACUAGAAGACAUCAUUAUAUAUGAGCUAGGAGGAACUUCUUCUGGAUUAGAGCAAAUAGAGGAAGAGCAUUAUGGAGAAGAAGAAUCGUUGGCACGCAAAUUACACGAGGCUAUCCAACGUCUUCAAAGUACUGAGGAUCAACUGGAGAUUACAAAAACGGAAAAGGAUCUGGAGAUUCAGAAUCUGACGAAGCAUUUGAACGAUGCAAAUGUAAAAGUAAAUCGUACAUCAUUAGCCCAUAUUUUAAUGAAGGCGGAAUGUGACAAAUUGCGCAUAAGAGAAAACGAAAUCAAGAACAGUUACAAGAAGAAAUUGGAUAUUGAGAAGAUUGAAGCGAAGAAUGCUCUCUCUAAACUGUUGGAGGGAGAGAAGAAGAAUAAAUUGCUGCGGAUGGAAGUCGAUAUUUUGAGUCAAUUAAUGAUUGAAUGCCGUGAAGCUCUUCCUAUCCAAAUAAAGAAAGAUAUGGAAAAGAAAUUGGAGGAGCAGAAAGCAAGAGCGCAUGUUCAGGUAGACGAGGAGCAAGUUCUUAUCGCAAGCUUGCAAAAGAGAUGCCGGCAACUCGAGGCCAAAGCCAAAGAAGACCACUCGAAAAUCGGCUAUUUAACUCGUGCGGAGGGAUACCUGGAUAAACAGAUCAGUAGUUUAGAGUCUGAACUACGCCAAGAGAGGGUGAAUAAUACAAAGCUUAAUGUUGAAGUAUUUGAAUUGAAGCGAAAAAUCAAGAACCUCAUUUCCAACCCGCCUUCUUUGGAUGAAGAAUUCCACGUGAAGGAAGAAAAAACAGAAGACUCGUGCAAUUCUGAUGAUUCAUUUGAGGCUAUAAACAAUGAAGAUAUCUGA